UUCCAUCUACUCAAUCCGGUGAAUUUAUUGAUAACAGAGCGCGGCUUUUCAGUAUUUUUCGUGCCAAUUUUAUGAAAAUUUUAUGAUUUAUGAUGCCGUUAAAUUGCGAUACCAUGAGUUGUACUUCUAGAACGAUUAAUACGUAAGCUGUGUAACCGUCGUAUUACUCGAUCAAUCCCGGCGAUCUUAUGGAUCGCGGUAAUAUUGUGGAAUAUGUUCGUAAUUUGAAUAACAGUCGUCAAAACUUCCCCGAUUUUCAAGAUGCACAUUCGUCUCUGAACAUAUUAAUCGAUAAACUCAGUUUCGAAAAGAACGCCGAUAAAAUAGCCUACUCAGUCGACGUUGUGUUACAUGAAAACGACGGAAUUUGGACCUUUUUAAAGGAGAUAAAGGGUCAUAAACCGCCUAAAGUGUUUCUAGAGAAUAUUUACUCGUUUCUCGAAUUAUUAUGUCAACAGAAAAAACGCCUGUCUGAAUCUCAAACCAACUUACUCUUCAAUUACUGCAAAGAUAUCAUACAAUCGAAGACUUUACUACCGGAAAUCAAAGAUUUAGGCUACAAGUUAUUCUACCUCGUUAUCGAUUAUGGUAGCUUUCAAUUUUUCGUUCAAAAAAGCGGAGAUUUACAGCAUUGCGUUCAUCAUCUGUACUUCAAUUUGGAUAAAAGCAAAUCUACCGAAAAACGACAAAUUUACGAGUUGAUUGGAAACGUCGCCGAAAACCAUCCGGAUGUUUUUAUCAGAGAUCAGAAUUUCAUCGUCAAAGUCUUCCGGCAAAUUUCUACCGAACUUCCGAAAAUCUUGAAGAAACAAGAUGGCAGCGGAAUAAGCGAAGUCGAAGGAAUGAUUAAAUGUGUCGAUGGGUUGCUCCGACACUUGGCUGAUUGCGCUGAACAAUUCAUCGAUACGUUGUACGAGUGUUUUAAAAACGUCACUGAACGUAAUUCCACUAAACACGUCGCUCUACGAGCUGUUAUUCAAAUUAUCGAGAAGUACUUCGACGUGUUUGCUGAGCUGAUCAAGAAAGAUUAUAUAUUUUGGUAUCGUUUAUUGGAUAAAACGCUGGUUUAUCAGAAUAAAGAGGAUUCGUUAGCUGCUAAAAAAGCUCUGCACGAGUUUUACCCCCAUAUUGCUAAAUUAUUAGUGGAAAAGUCUGAUACGAAUAAGACUUUAUUAAAGUUUUUCUUAACCGCAUUACGAGACGAUAUUUUAAUCGAAGUAAAACACAAAACAGAAGUAGCUUUGAAAAACUUCAUUUAUUUCGCCGACGCUUGUAAAAUCCAAGAAGAAACAGGCCUACUCAACGAAAUAUUCACAAUAACGAUGUCACUAUUGGAUAAAUAUUGUUUGAGCUUCAACGAAUUGGACUCCGAUUCGAUAUUCAACUUAUCUAAUAUAUUGCAUUCAACUUCACGUUUCCUGAGACACUUGAGUGGCGAAAAAUGCAACGAAGAGUACUUCCAAAUAUUAGCCAACGCUUCCGUACUGAGUAUAUCAGCUUAUGCUAAAGCGCCUGAAAAAAUGAAGUUCCUGAUUUUACAACCGUUGCUGGAAACGAUCAUCAAUGUCGCCAAUCUCAACGAAUUGUUUCUCGAUUCGUUUCUAGAGAGUAUUAUUUAUCCAGGAAUCGUCAUGAGUUGUUCGUCGGUAACCGAAGGUAACAUAGAUUGCUUGAAACAGGCUUGCGACGGUGACAAUGAGUUCUCUUGCGAUGAUCUGUUGACGUUUAGAGAUUAUUUACCUAUUUGGAAAACACUGCUGGGCAAUCUUCAGAGUCACAAAGAUCGCCAAUUAAUUCACAACAUUAAUUUAGAAGGCAAAAUUUGCGAUAAAAUUAUCAACUGCGUGUUGAGAAUCAUCGAAAAAUUAGAUAUUUCCAUGAAAGAAACCGACGAGUUCGAUAACCAGGAAAUUGAAUGCUUAAAUCUCCUCGAAUACGAUACCGUUCCAUCGAACGUAGCAGAUUUUAAUAUAUUCAUCAAUUUAGUCGAAUUAUUUUUCGAGCUAUUCGAUAAAUGGAACAACUGCGAGCAAAAGUUCCACAAAUGGAUUCCAAUUCUGAUCCCUAAGUUAAUGGAGCUCGCCACUUAUAACGAUGUUAAAUUUGGAUUUUACCAAAUGUUAGCCGUUGUUUUUAAAUACAUCGAAGGAGAUAAUGAUUUCGAUAAAAAUGAAGUAAAAUUGUUCAUUUUGGAAGAACUGAGCCAUUUGAGUGAAAGACCGAAAACAGAUUCUAGAGCUUGUCUACGAAUGGUGAUGUCUUUACCGGUGAAUGUUGUAGAAGAAGUUCUAGCCGAUGUUGUGCCUGCUUUACAGCUUGCUUUCGAAAGAGGCUCCGAAGACUUAUCUCUAGCCACAGAAGCAUUAUCGUGUCUGGAGAGUUGGUAUUUGAAGGUUGAAAAGGAUCGAUUCAGGCCUAUUUUAUACGAAGUGAUACCUUAUUUGAAACCUUUCAUUCAGAGCAAACGAUUCGCCGGAGAGACUAUUUCGAUGACGAAACACGAAAAAACCUUGAUGAAAAAAGCUUACACGAAGAUCGGUUCGAAAUCCAAUCGUAAAUAUCGAACGGCGUAUCUGCAAUCGGAGGAAUCAGAGUUGGAUAAAUUGCAGAAAAAAUUAAUUAAAUUUUUGGGCAAGAUUGAUACAGAUUUAUGGAUUCCUGUAUUUACCGCUGAUUCGUACGUCGAUCGAGAAGCAGCUGAUUUAUUACUCUUUACGUUGCAUUUUCAGGAUAUGAGAGUUGAUUUAGUCUUAGAUAAAUUUUUACCUCGACUUAUCGACCUGGCUUGUAACUCGAGCGAUUUCAAUACUCGUCGCGAUGCUUGCGAAGCGUUUCAUUCGUACGUUAUCGUGUUCCUGGGAGAGAACAGAGAUUCUCAUUUUGAACGAGAGUAUCCUCAAUACGUGUCUAGUCUUUUUAAGAAAAUUAUAAAAGCUGUGUUCAGAUUAAGCACCGAUGAAAAUACAACGAUACAGCAGAUUUUCGUACCUUUGGCUCAGCAAAUCACUCAUUACUACAGCAGACGUCAGAAUGAGAAAAUUAUUGCGAACGCAUUUUUAGAAAUUUUAUUCGAAUCUGUUACGUCCAAAAAUGACGGCACGUAUCGUAAAUUCAUCGCUGGAUUAUUCAAGGAAUUCGUAUCGUGGUCUUUGAAGCCGGGUCAUGACGGCGAAGACAACAUUAAAACGAUUGUCGAACACAUCUGUCUGUUUUGUUUGCAACCUUGCUCUUAUAAGAAGCUCGGAGCUGCAAUAACGUUCAAUUACAUUUCCGGUGAACUUAGCCGGAACGAUAAGUUGCAAAAUUUGUUCUGGAUCGAAUUAUUUCUGUAUUUUAUUCGAAAUUUAUCCACGAGUUCGUCGAAAGAUUGCAACAUUACCGAAGUUCAAUCUGCCAUUGAUAAAUUAGGCGAAACUAUUCGAAGAAAUUUCCACGAAUUUAAUAGAGAGAGCAAAUUGGCCCUGGCAAAUAGAAGAAUACCGAAAUGGUUCGACGGAGAAACGUUAUUCGACGUACAAAUGUGGAUAUUCGAACAAUGCUACUCUUCGAACGAAUUAUGCCGAAAAAAAUGCAUGCAAAUUUUAUCCAAAUUACUCGACGGUAAAGAUGGAAGACCCGAAUUAGAAAGAUUCAUCGCCGUUCGAGCUCUGAGUAAAUUCAAAAACCACGCCGAUAAUUUACCCAAUCUCAACGACCCUGCUAUGAAACCCGAAUCUGUUGUCGAUAGCGUUAUUUCGUGGCUUUCUAUCCUAUCAGCGAACCUCGACUGUUUUUUGUGGAUCAUCGAUACUAAACCUGCCCUGGUUUGGAUGUUCGAGCACCAAGAUUAUAAAUUACGAGUUUCGGUCGAGUCGUUUCUAGGGUUCAUGGUUGAUAAAGAUUUGAAAACCUAUACUGCGGAUAAAUUCCCAUUAACGUCCGGACAAAAAAAACAAUUCGAUGUGUUGAAAGAAGAAAUAAUUUAUAUGGUUUUGAAGGUGGCCUCUUUUUCGGAACAACUGUCUCAUAGUUUUUUCGGCGAAGAGAAGAUGUUCAUGAGAAAUUUCCAGUCUACUUUUAUCAAAUGUCUAUUCGAGCCGCAUGUAAUUCUACCUCACAAACAAUCCAAAUCAAACUUAUCCUCGAUGCUGGAAAAAACGCUGGAAAACUUGAAAAAUCACGACACGAUGAACAACGUCUUGAUGGAUAUUUACCACAACGAAUACUGGAAAACGUUUUCCGAUAUCUUAGACGAUCCAAAACGUGCUCGAACCGAGCACAGAUCCAAUCCACAAGUGCUAUUCGUGCUUCGUAAUUGCGACAUCAUAUGGCCCACGUCCGAGAUGACCGAUUUGGAACGAACUAUUCGAAAAAUAUUCUACUAUAUUCGACACGAGAACACGAAGAAAGCCAUCGUUCCCGAUAUCACAAUCGUCUCGUAUUUCGAGGAUUACCUUCUGUUCGCGUUAAAAGCUCGAUACGACAGUGAAUUCCAUAAAGUAGCCGAUUACGUAUUUUGCUCCGAAGAAUUAGAUUCGGUCUCGGGCAAUACCAAGUUCUCUCACGGGUUACAUUUCUUCAACGUUUUCCGGUCGCCGAUUUUGGAGUACUUGAUCGGUCAUCACGAAGAAUUCAUCGCCAAAUGCGUCUUUUACUCGAACCUGGACACGAUGAAAAUGCUCCUAGCGUAUUUACAAUUCGCCUCUGUUAAGAAAAAGAAAGAUUGUUCGAUUAUCCUAGAACAUUGGAUCGCUUUGAAAAACGCCGAAAGUAGUUCGAAAAUCGACUUAUCCGAUUUAUUAAAGGUACUAGAAUUCAGUAUUCGCGAAAUGGACAUGAAUAAAGUCGAAAAUCUAUCUCACGUUUACGAUUGGCUGCUCGAUUACCUGAGAUCGUCCGAUACGAAGGUGGAAAUUAUACACCAGAUACUCGAUUUAUUACCAGCUUUUAUGGGGUUCGAGUUCUGCUCGAAAUUUGAUACGAAAUUGAAAGAGGUUAUGCGAGAUUUACGAAGGCUACAAAUCGACUCGAAAAUCAAAGCUGAAGGAUUAGUGGUGUAUAACAAGAUGCUAAACGGUGUAUCGAGAACGGGAAACAGGAUUUUAUUCGAAACAGUUAUUCAAAUUGCUAUAGAUAAAGAAGGAUCUUUCCAGGAUAAUAUUUCUAAUGCUAUGGAAACGCUCAUGAAAAAUUCACCUGCCCACGAGUUGUUGAAAUUACUCGAUAUACCUUGGGAUAUGUUCAAGAACGUGACCAACGAAGUGAAAUUGAGAAUCGGUUCGAUGGAAUUAUUCCUAAUACCAAUGGUACUUUUGUUGAAAGAACACGACAACGAAGAAGAAGAAUUCUACGCGGAUAAAAUGAAAUUCAUUUGCAAAGAUUUACAAUUAAAAAUCGACAACGGAAAUAAACUAACUGAAAACCUUGUAUCGUUAAUCGGCGCAGUUAUCAUGUUGGAAACGUAUUAUAAAGUGAUGGCAAAUCCAGACAGUUCUCGUAUCAAAGCAAUCGUGUUCACUGAAGAUGAAAAAGGAUCGUUGAAUUCAAAAUUUGCUAAGAUAGUUUUACCUAUUUUGAGGAACGAUAAAAUUCCUAUUCGUGAUGAUAACGAAGAUCUCGUGUUCAAGCUCAGAUCACACGCUCUGAACGCUUUCAUCGCUGUGAUGCAGACAGCCAUUGCGGAUUACCCAACUGCACAGAAAUGGGGCAAGAUUAUUUUUGAAAAUAAAAUGGUCUGGUCUAACGUGAUCAAACUCGAACCACCCAUUAAGCUGACUAUGACUCUCGAACAGAUUCGUUCCCGUCGAAAAGAAGUGAUCCGAAGACGUAGAGAAAUCAAAGAUUCCAAUCAACUGUCUUCUAUUGCUACUCAAUACGCUACUCUCAGUUCCUUGGCGCCGGAAGUUUCGAAAUACGAUGCUAAUCACUUCACCAUACGAUCUAGUCAAUCUCAAGUUCUCGUUGAUGAUAUCGAAUUGUAUAACGAAGAACGAGAAAUCGACGUGCUGAAUAAUCACGUCAGCAUGAACGCCCUCUGCAAUUUUGUCAGGUUUUUAGAAGAAAAAGAGUUCUUGAUCGAAGAUAAAAGCGAAGAAAACCCAAAGUUACCGGAUUGGAUGUGUAAAUUACUCGACGCUUUGAAAUGGUUCGUUAAUCGUCCGAAGAAAUUCAACGAAGCAGCCGAUCACCUCGCCUAUCAAAACUGCGUGUAUUUCGUUCUAAAAUUCAUCACUAAUUGCGAAACUGCAUUCAGACCUUUCGCCAAGUUUUGGUUUUCCACUCUGAUGGAAUGUUUAUAUAAACUAAAUCAAAUGAAUUACGUGAUCACCGAUGUCGUGUUGAUGCUGCUUCAGUGGCGUGAUCGAGUCGUACCCGAGGAUCGAAAUUCGGCUACUAGAUUGUUCGAAAUGUUCACAUCGAAAAUAACCGAACAUCAGAGCUCGUCUAGGAAUUAUUUACUCGAGAUGAUGAAAGCCAUGAUCCAAGUUUGGAAUACCAAUUUCGAUAUUCCUUUCGAUAAAAUCGAUUCGCUGAUCCGGUCUAAGGAUAAAGAUACGUGUACGGUUGGUCUGAACAUAGCCGAAUAUUUUCUCCAGUGUCAUAAAUUUCCAUUCAAUGAAAAUAACAGAGAAAUAAUAUUGAGUAUUUUUGUUGAAAAACUAACCGAUCAGAAACUUCGAUGGCAUAAUAAACAAGUAGCGACGAUUUUAGGACUAGUUUUGAGAACUGCUGGUAAAAAUGGUAACGGAACGUUAGAUAAUUAUUACGAGAAGCUCAAGUCGACUGUGGUUACUCGUUUGAAGAUUUUGAAUAAUUCAGCAGUGAAAACAGUGGAUAGUUUUUGUCUGAUGGAGCAUCUCAUCGUUCAUUAUCCUCCCAUGUUGGAAGACUUCAGUUACCACUUCCUGCAAAGAUUCAACAAUCUUCAAGGCAGUUAUAAAAGAAAUUGCUUGAAAGUAUUGACCAAUAAUGUGAAACACGUGCCAGACGACGCUUUCAGUAAUUUAUUCAGUUGCGAUUUCGAAUCAGCGUUAAAAACAAACGAUCAAGAUUUAUCGGUGCAAGCUCUAAUGCUGAUCAAAUCAUUCCUAAACGAAGACCGUAUACGAGUCAGGAUCGAAGACUUGGCCAAAAUCAUCGACGAUUUACGUCGAUUAUCUACUCACGAAACAUCCGAAUGUAGAAAAUCUUCGUACGAUGUAGCUAGCUGUAUAUUUGAUAAGUAUAGGAACGACGAAUCCGAUGAAAAAGCUAAAGAACUCGUGUACAUUUGUAAAGAUAUCCUGUUAACCGGACUUCUAGAUACCGAUGCCGAACUUCAGAACGAAAUAUACAAAUCUUGGGAACGAAGAUCGAAUCUGGAAAAUUCCGUCUCCGAUCGAUUUUUAAACAUUAUCAAAACAAUGUAUCAUCCUCAACACGAAGCUCACUUCGUAUCCUACGCUGUAGAUUUCCUGCUAGAAGCCUGCGCCUCGACAGAAGACUAUAAUUCGGAGCUCUUCCCACAUUCUCUUCUACCUUGCGACUUUAUUCCAUAUCAGAUCAUUUCGAUUUCUUCGAGGAGUAAAAGACUAUCUACGCUUACUCCCUGUUUUCGUAAUUCGGUUCAGCAUCAAUUGGCCAGUCUAGGAGUGAGCCAGAGAAGCAUCGGAUCGUUAACAUUACAGAUUAAUCGAACCCCCGGAUCGUCUGGGUCUACGAUUAAUCUUUCGAAUGCCUCUUCGGUUGCUAAAUCAGUCCGAAUGUAUUCGCCGGGAAGUCAUCAUCCGUUGAAAUAUAUUUCUCCUGUGACGACGACGAGCUCUCAGGCUCCUUCAGAAUCGAAACCUUUCGAUAGUGUUGGAAGAGCUCUGGACAGGCUGAAGAAAAGAAUUAUCAAGGAUUCGCGAGAAGCUUCUUCUCACUACGCUAUCCGAAAUUCUAAACUUAACGAAGAAACGUGUCAAAUGUUGGCCAACCAGGCGGACAAGCGAGACAGAAAGAUAGACUUGAAGCGUCAAUACAGAAGAGGAGAUUUCCCCGAUAUUCAAAUCAAACGUUCCGAUUUAAUUAAGCCACUACAGGCUUUGGCAAAGAGAGAUCCGAUUAUCGCGAAAUUACUCUUCGGUAAUAUUUUCCUAAACAUGGUGAAUAAAAUGAAAGAAAAGCAAACCUACUUGGACGAUAUCAACGAAGCUUUCAACGCGAUUUUACUCAGUACCGAGCAAUUCGGAAGUAUAUGCUUGGAAACGAUAUUCGAAAUCGCCUACUCGUUGCCUGCUCUUUUAAAAUUGGAAAUCAGAUCUGUUGUCAUUGCCUCGAAUAUGAAUAACUUACUCUCGUUGAGAGCUCUUUUGCUGGAGAACUCUUUGAUUUAUGGAGAAACCAACGAUUGUGGCCCUAGUGCACCUAAAAGAGCCAGAAUUGAAAAUUCACCAGAAAAUGACUCGCUUUGGAUACAUUUAGCCGAAGUGUACAAGUCAUUAGACAGAAAUGACGUCGUGAACGGAAUUUUCAAAGAGAAGAUUCAAAAUAGCUAUUGCGAACUGUUGAAAAGAGGACUAGAAUUUGAGACCGUAGGCGAUUGGGAACGUGCUUACAAAAUGUACGGAGAUGAGAUCGAUCAGCUGAGUCAGAUGAAUUACGUGUCUCAAGAUCAAAGAUUCAUUCUCGACGCUUAUUAUAAAAGCGCUGCUUAUUUGUCGAAAUGGGACGAAAUGAGGGAGAAAAUCGAGAAUAAAUUUUCAACCGUGGAGAAUAUUCUUCAAGAUAAUUGGCACAAAGAAUGUACAUUACCUUGGUAUUUCCUCUCGCAAACAUACGAAGCGGUCAAACACCCUUGUUUUAACGAGGAAAACACCGAAGAAAACUUCCAACAGAGAUUCCGAAACGAAGUAUUAGAAAUGGAGAAAAAUAACGAUCAAUUGUUUUUGGAUCUUCUCGCCGAACCCUCUUCAAUGUUAUUAUUCAUCUACGGAGAUCAAAGUAAAGCUCAUAAUCUAGUCAAACGGUCGUUGGAGUUAAUCUUGAAGGAAUUCAAUUUCAGCGAUUCUUCCUUGCAAACGUUUUUAAAGCUUCAAACGUUAUCGGAAAUCGAUAUCUUGCUCUCGGUUUUCAACGACGAUCAAUAUAAAACUUCGAGCAAUGUGGCAGAAAUUUUAGGCAUGUGGCAGCGUUGCGAACCAAACAAGGAUCAUUCUACGUGGUGGGAUCGACGUCUAGUAUACCGACAUCGUUUCGCCGAAAAAUACGCUAAAGCUUUGGAAAACACGAUGGACGAGUCCGGAUUCGAUUUAUGCAAAUCACUGAGUGAUUAUCAGUUCUAUUCCAAGUUGCAGUUCUGCGAAAAAGCUCUCAAUCAGCAGAAUUAUAAUUUAGCUUGUCAGUAUACAGCUGAUAUCGAAGAUGGAACGGAAAACGAUAUCUCGGACGAGAAUAAAUUCAUGCGUUCGCUCAAUCUAUGCAGAAUGUAUACUUUUAGAGCUGAUAAGAAGAAUUCCACGAAUCAGAUUCAAAAUGCUGUCUUGGAAAUGAAGAAAAUUUACGAAAUUGGCGCCAAAUGCGAAUUCAAGACAUCGAUGGCGGUCUCGAAUCUUCUGAAUGUAAUAAAGAGGAAAUUAAACGUCUGGCCGAACGAUUUUAUCACCUCUUUGGUCGAUGAUUUCCCCGAAAGUUUCGACGAACGAAUCUCCCUGCCGGAUAAAAUCAAUCAACUGAUCGCGGAAAAUUACGAUACUGCUUGCGAAACAGCGAAAAGAAAAGGAUUCUCGGAUGUACAAAUUUCUUCGGCGUAUUUAGCUCUGGCUAAACACUGCAGAGAGGUUUCAAAUGAAACGAACACUGAGAAUCUAACGCUCGAUUUGCAAAUCGCCAAAUCCAUAUUGAACGCGAUGAAAUACAAUUCCAAAGAAUCUUACUUACUGUUUCCGAUGCUACUGGACUUACGCAGUGUAGCGGAUGAUCAAUUUAUAGAUUUCUUUAUAAACGAAUGUAAAAAAGUAGAAGAAUGGAAAUUUUUAUCGUGGAUUAAUCAACUUCUGGCGUAUAUUUAUCACAAUAGAGCUCCCAUGAUCGGUGAUCUGGUCGUUAGAAUGGCGCAGAAAUACCCUAAAGCGUUCCAUUUUCCGUUCCUGUUGAGUAAAAAUGUAUCGGAAACGAACGGCGACGUUUUUGUGGAAAAUAUUGUUCGAAAAAUCGAAGCAGCGUUACAGCCCUUGGACGAAAUCGAAGAAUUAAUAAAAGCUCUAUCUUUCGUCUGGCUGGCUGAGAAAAAAUGGGAUCUUUAUAGACAUAGAUUGGAAAAAUCGUUAGAGAAAGACGACCCUGAUACGAUUUAUGAAAACUUUACCCAAGUUCAGAAAGAAAUACGAACUUACGGUGGUACUUUCUGGCCAUACAUUGAUUUCCAAUCAGUUGGCGACCGGUUGAGAUCGGGUCAGCGUGAAGAUGAAAUUUACAUCAAGGAGAAGCUGAAGAAAUACAUGAGCGAUAUCGAAUAUAAAACUAAAUACGAUAAAUCUCCUACGUUGAGUUGCUAUAGUAGAGUUUUACUAGAUUUUAUCAAUACGAGAAACGCCACUAUUGAAAUACCCGGACAAUACGAUGGGUUCUCGCUGCCUCGAGUCGAACGUCACGUGAAAAUAUUCGGAUUCCAGUCUAAAGUUACCAAAAUGGAUUCUUUACAAUCGCCUAUGAAAAUCACUGUGCUCGGAGACGAUGCCAAAGAGUACUCGUAUUUGGUCAAAAUGAACGAAGAUGUUAGACAAGAUCAACGUAUACAGCAGCUUUUCCAUAUUGUUAAUCAAUCUCUCACGUCCAAGUUCCAUUUAUACUCUAAGCAUUUGAUUUUAAAUACCUUCGGUGUUUAUCCGUUGAGAUGUGAUUUAGGAUUAAUCGAAUGGGUCGAGGAUUCGAUUCCUUUGAAAGGAUUUCCUAAUAUUGGUCUGAAGAAGGAACAGAAAACUAAGAACGAAGCAUAUUGGCACGAUAUACGAAAGGAAUACGACAGAAUGAUCGUUAGUAAAAAUAUUGCUAGCAGUGGAAGCGAUUACGAACCUUUUAACGUAGCUGUCAGAAACUACGUCUCUGACGAGAAGAAAAAAAGAUCUAUGAUCAGCGAGUAUCAAAAUGCAGUUCAAAAAAUACCAGAAGAUAUUUACAAAAAAGCCUUAAUGCUGCUCACCACAACUCCUCAUCUAUUCUGGCGUCUACGUAAUCAGUUCAUGGCCAAUUACAGCGCAAUGUGUAUUGCCAGCUGGAUCCUUGGAAUCGGCGAUAGGCACUUGGAUAACAUUUUAGUCUCUUUAAAGAGCGGAACUUGCAUCGGUAUCGAUUUUGGUCUCGCAUUCGGUACCGGAACAGAUGUUUUAUCUAUACCGGAAUUAAUACCUUUCCGUAUGACACCUCAUAUUACAUCGAUCAUGGCCCCAUUUGAUCUCACAGGUUUGAUUCGCGAAACGAUGAUCGAAGUUUUACAAACGUUACGAGAAAACGAUUACGUCCUGUUGGCUACAAUGCCUGUUUUCAUCUUGGAUCCUUCUAUAGACUGGCGCAACGCAGCUCGAAAAUUAUUCCCAGAUGCUGACAAACACAAUAAUCAAGAUGAAUCGUAUUUCGAAAACAAAAUCAAAAACGUUAAAUUGAAAUUGGAAGGGUGUCACCCGUCGAAAGUUACUGUCAACGAGCUACGUGUGAAUCAGCGUAUCAAGAAUUAUUGUUCACAAUAUGAAGCAUUAGUUACCGAGGCAACUGGUUUUGUAAUCGGGUCUGAUGAAAAGCUAACUACUGAAGAACAGGUGGAUCGUUUACUGAAAAUUGCUACUCAUCGAGGUGUUCUGGCGACGUCGUAUUCCGGUCUGGAAACCUGGAUUUAAGAUAACCUAUUUGUUUAUUGUGAUCUUUUUUAUAUAUAGAAUUUUUUGCUACUAUUUUUUUAUGUGAUGUGAGUCAUAAAAUAUAUAAUUUUUUAUUUAAUCGAA